AUGACUUCUUCCUACCCUGCACAGUCCGUCACCAUGGAGGAUCCAGACCAAGGCUGGAAGCCAAACAACCGCCCUCAAUCCACGGUAGCGCGCAACUUCAUGUCAGAGCUCGACAGCCUCUUCAACCUGGACGGCGGUCUCGAGAACCUGGAUAAGACUGUCCUUGAGAAGAAGCAGGCAGUCACCACCCAGACCAAGGAGCUUGAAGCCCUCGAGGCAAGGCUCAAGGCCGCCGAAGAGCGCCUGAACCAGGCAAAGAGCAACUCUCCACCAGCGAAGCGGGACACGCACCGCGAACAAGACAACGCUCGGUUACAAGGGGCCGCCAGCCCCCUUGCCCAAAAGACCCAAAACAUGCCAGGUGCGCUACCAGAGACACCGACUCCUACAUCGACUACCAGUGCUGACUAUGUCCUGGUAGAGCGGCCACUUUCUGCCAAGCCUGAGACGGCAUAG